CCCGUCCUCCCGUCCCCCCAUUUCCCUUCCCCCCAUUUCCAUUCCCCCCAUAACCCUCUCCCCCGUUUCCCUUCCCCCUGUUCCCCUCCCCCCCACUUCCCGACCCCCCUUUUCUCGUCCCCCCUGUUCCCCUACCACCGUUUCUCUUCCCCUCGCUUCCCUUCCUCCCGUCUCCCUUCCCCCCGUUUCACAUCCCCCCACUUCCAGUCCCUCCUUUUUCCGGUCCCCCCUUUUCCCGUCCCCCCUUUCCCCUCCCCCCCGUCUCCCUUACCCCCGUUUCCCUACCCCCCGUUUCCCAUCCCCGCUCUCCUCUGUCCCCCAUGUCCUCCUCUCUCACCCCUGUCCUACUCUCCCCCCCCUAUUCUCCUCUCUCUACUGUGCCAUCCUCUCUCCCUUCUAUCAUCCUCUCUCUUCCUCUGUCUUCCUCGCUCCCCUCUGCCAUCCUCUCCCCACCUUGUCCUCCUCCCCCCUGUCCUCCUCCCCCCCUUGUCCCCCUCUCUCCCCCCUGUCCUCCUCUCUCCCCCCUGUCAUCCUCUCUACCCCCUGUCCUCCUCUCUUCCCCCUGUCCUCCUCUCUCCCCCCUGUCAUCCUCUCUCCCCCCUGUCCUCCUCUCUCCCCCCUGUCAUCCUCUCUCCCCCCUGUCAUCCUCUCUCCCCCCUGUCCUCCUCUCUCACCCCUGUCAUCCUCUCCUCCCCUUGUCUUCCUCCCACCUCCCCGCUACCCUUCACUGUGCCCCUUCCUCCCCAUCUCACCUCCCUGCCUCCCCAUACCCUCAGCCGCCCCUCGCUCUGCUGGCCCGCCCCCUGCUGCCCCUCCAUCUGCCGCCCCUCUGUUCAAAAGCCCCUCCCUCAGCCCCCUCCAUCUCAGCCGGCCCUCCAUGUGCUCCUGCAGCCUCUACUGCCCCGCUACUGCUGCAACUCUCUCUGGUGCCCCACCCUCUCUUACCCCACUCUCUACCGCGUCACCGCGCAUUCGCCACUAUGGAAAUGGCAGGGUCUCUAACGAGGUGAUUACCAUACGAGUCAACGCCCUGCCCCUACGCCACACAUCCGUCUCAUGA